CGUGCCGUAUGGAUGCGAAGAGUGAGUGUCGAGUUCAUCCAAAUCAUUCGAGAGAUCAUCCCAGAGCUAGAGGAAGCCGAUCAAGCCCCCCCUCCAAAUCCAGAAAGGGAAGACAAAACCAUUGCGAUACCUCUGUAGGCCUUGGUCAUCGAACGAGACCGAAGACAAUGUUUCGGCGACGGAUACCCAAAACUACCGACAGCGACAUAUCCAUAGAAACCGGUAUCGUGGUGGAAGAAAGCAAUGGUCACGGCCGUUCCGGAAGCUCAUCAGUCGCCGGUUUGAAAACUUUCAACCGAACGAGGAGGAGCAAGAUGUCCAGUUCGCUGGGAUCGUUGCCGAAGAACAUCUUGUGCUCGUCGCCAUCGACGACAACCGUCCUGGCAUUCUUUGCGGCGGCCUGGGCCUUCUUGCUACUCCGAUCCUACCGUGGCGGAAUCACGGCGGCGGGGAACGAGACGUGGUACCCGGUCCCUCUCAUUGGGUUCGUGCGUUCCGAGCUGGCGCUGGGGUGCUUUCUGGUGUGCUGGAUCCCCUUUUGGGUUCUGGCCACGGGAUGGACCCUUGCCGGGCUGCUCCUUCUGUCGCCGCUGGCCAUGUUGAUCUGUGUUCUCGUCAUGCCCGGCCCCCUGCCCAUCAUCUUUCGGACCGUUCGCUGCUGCGGGAUCCUGACGGCCUUCCUGGCGCUGCUGGUCUUCCCGUUCUGGAAACGGCCCCAGGCCGCCGUGGUGGUGUUUUUGGCCAUCGCGGUGGCCACGCCCUACCUUCCCGAGUUUGCCAAGCCCAUGUUCUCUGCGAUCCCCGUCGAAGAAAUUUACGAGUACGUCAUCAAUUACGAACCCGAUAUCAUAGAGGACGUUGGUGCUUCCGCGCUCGAGGCGGGCCCGCUGCUGGACUUUGUGUGGGAAAAUCGCAACGACUGGGUCAAGGUCAGCCACGGCCGGGCCCUGGGAUAUUUCGUGUUUGGGUGAGUAGCUCCCGCGUUGUAUUGCGGAAUCAUCGCAGGAAACAUCCUGUGGGGUGAAACGUUUGUUUUAAGUUGUGAAGCGUCCUAUCGCUCGGCGCCCAUGGUUUGAUUCUCGUAGAUUAGUGUGUGUCGUCCUGUUAGCGAUGGUCUGCGUUGCUACCGAAUCCUUUCCAAUCCAAUCUAAUCCAUUCCAUCGGAAACAGCAAAAACUUUAACCACGACCAGAGAAACCAGGUGAUAAAUGAAUACACCCUCCGCUCGGGAUUCCGGUCGACGAGCUACCGAGAAACCUGGGGCGAGAGCGAUUACCGCCUCUACUUUCCCCAGAAACGAAAAGAAGUGUCGACCAAGUUCCGGGAACGAUUCGGCUCGAGCCUUGCCAGCAUCUAUGCUAGGGUCUUGGGAGUAGAUCCCGGCUUCAUUGUGCUGGGAGACACGGGGACGCUUGCGAAGCAGGAGCGGAUGGGCUUUCCGGCCGUCAAGAUCGUCUUUCCCUCGCUCUUCUGGCACUGGUUCAACAAUCCACACACCGACAACUACCUGUACCAGAUGGACGAGAUCGACGGCAGGCAGUGCGACAAGGACCGACAACGAACCUUCUUGAUACCGCUCACAGAACCACCGGGUGCGGGACUGUAUUACUGGUUCGGAGACGGAACCCGGGUCGAUGUCGACUACAAGGUCGGAAACGUCUACAGCUUCGAGGUGAGCGUCCUGCACGCCAUCCGGCCUUUUCCCUACUUCGAGUGGAGCUGGGGGAGCAUGAUGGAUUCGAGGGUUACAAUACAGGCCUUUGGCAUACCGUGUGGUGACUACUGGUACAUUACUCAUUGAGCACAAUUGCUGGACAUUUGGUGUUUCAUAACACGCACGUCUAGUACAAUUGCUGGGCAUUUGCUGUUCAUGGCACGUAUUUUGUACUUUUGAAAAAAUGCAGUGCGAUGCUUGUAUCUGAACAUCAUUUCGACACAAAUCUAUACCGUAUACCUCUACAUUCAAUAAGAUGUCCGUAAUUGGCACCAAUGUUUUCGUACAUUCCUACAUCCAUUGAAGCUGCGAAAUACGCACAAUUUUCUCAUGGAUCUGUAACGCAUAGUGAUCAGGAAUUGCGUCAUCCUCGAGGUUCACACACAAAUAAAGAACAGCAGGAACUAUUCUCGGAAGCAAGAUUCUAGAAGGCAAGGAAUACGGACCAGAAGAAGAAAAAGAAACUGGCAAGAAGUAGAGAAGGGAGAAGACGAUCUCUGGAAAGAACCAUAAAAAUGGUAAAGACCUAACAUAAAUAGAAGGAAAGUGCCCUCAGCUUUAUAUAUCUACGAGCUGGCGACAGCGGGAAGACACCUAAUAAAACAGACACGAAUUUGAUUGAAUUAGAGCAAAUAAGUAUACCCUUUAUUU